UCGACCAACCAUGGGCUUCUUCCACAGGAAGACCUCAAAGCAGACCUCGAAGGUGAAGAAGCUCCUCCAGCUCGCCUUAUCCCGCCUCGCCAUUUCCAGGCGCCCCCUCCUUGCUCGCAAGUCGAUCUCCCGCGGUGAUGUCGGCCAGCUCCUCGCGCUCGGCCACCUCCACCGUGCUCUCCUUCGCGCAGAGCAGGCGAUAGAGGAGGACAGCAUGCUGCAGGCGUUCGACAUCAUUGAGCUCAACUGCAAGUGCCUCAUUGAGCAUGCCGCGAAAUUAGACAAGCCACAGGAGUGCAGCGAGGACAUUAGGGAGGCGGCAGCAGGGAUCAUGUUCGCAGCCAGGUGGUGCGGCGACCUGCCAGAGCUGCUGCUCGCGCGCAUCAUCCUCGAAGACAAGUUCGGCAGUGAUUUCGCUGCGGCCGCGAAGGAGGGAACCGGAAUCGUCGAUCCCAUGUUGGUGUGGAAGUUGUCUGGCGACAGAACGAACAUGGAGCUGAAGAAAAAGGUGACCAAAGAGAUCGCCACCGAGAACAAUAUCCUGGUGGAUUUCUUGGAGCUCCAGGAAGCGGUGAAGCAAGACGGCAAUCGCAAUGGAUCACACUGUUAA